AUGCACACAUUUUCCACAUUACCUGUCGAACUAGUUUAUCGAAUUAUGGAUCAUCAAAAUGACCCGACGCUAUUUUUUUCAAUGCAAAAUAUCUGCCGACGGCUCAAUCAGAUCCUAAGUACUUACCAGCGAUAUCAAACACUCACCACACUUCACCUCAGUUCGAACCAACUCGGUGCUGAAGGAGCACAACACAUUGCGGAUGCUUUGCGAACGAACGCAACACUCACCACACUUAACCUCGAUGAGAACCAAAUCGGCGCUGAAGGAGCACAACACAUUGCGGAUGCUCUGCGAACGAACGCAACACUCACAACACUAGAACUUUGUGCCAACGAAAUCUGUGCUGAAGGAGCACAACAUAUUGCGGACGCCUUGCGAACGAAUACGACACUUACCACACUUAACCUCGAGGAGAACGAAAUCGGUGAUGAAGGAGCACAACACAUUGCGGAUGCGUUGCGAACGAAUACGACAGUCACGACACUUCACCUCAGUUCGAACCAAAUCGGUGCUGAAGGAGCACAACAUAUUGCGGAUGCAUUGGGAACGAAUAUAAGCGCCAAGAUGGUAUAG